GUCUCUUUGUUUUGUUUUUAAAUUCUUUCAUGCUUUGGAUAGAUAAAUUGCGGUACAUACCAUGGUUUUCGCAAUUUGCUGUGUAAAUUUCAGUAUACCGUUCAAUCCCGUUGUGACUGUUUACUGUUCAGAGAAUAUUCAAUCCAAUUUGCAACGUGCCUAUCGUCGCGUAUUAAACGAUGCCAGUCUAAACGUAAAGCAAUUACAAACGUCAUCAGACAGCACAACGAAGGAUAAGGCAAUUGUGGUAUAGAGUGUUGACGUGUUGAUUUGUUAGUGGAAAUUCGUAGGAGUACAGUCUCAGGAGUACAGCUAUCGUGUUAUCGUUAAUGGUACAAAAGAAACACGACUGCAAAUGUUUAGUUAAUGCAUUUCAGUGAUUUCUUAGCGAUGCUUUUAAUAGUAAAAUGUGACGCUACAAACCGUUUAAUCUAGAAAAUUUGCUGAUCGUCUAGUGUAAAUAAAAACAUUCUAAUUCCGCUUCUCAAAAUGAAUGGAAAGAAGACAAUGUCAGUGUCAUUGGCUCGUUACCGGAAAAGACCUUCCGGUUAUUCAUAUAGAUUCCAGUGUGUUUUCAUUUGUUUAGUAGUGCUAGUUAUAGUAAAUUACUCCAGUGGAUACUUUUAUGCUGACGGAGAAGAUCAGACACAAGAACGGUUUUGCUUUUGCCAGCUUCAGGGAACCAUAGACGAUUGCAGUUGCAACGUAGAUACUGUCGACUAUUAUAACAACGUUAAAAUCUAUCCGCGGUUACGCAGUCUACUAGUCAAAGAUUUCUUCCGCUAUUACAAAGUAAACCUGGUAAAGGAAUGCCCUUUCUGGGUAGAUGACAGUAAGUGCGCCAUGCGCUUUUGUCACGUACAGUCAUGCGAAGAAAAAGACAUCCCACCCGGUCUGAAAGGGGAUACAUCGUCGUAUCACAAGUACAUAAAAGAAGUGCAAACGCUAACCAACUGUGAUGAAGAUUUGGACGUGGAGCUCGGUUACCUCAACACCAGCAUCAGUGAUAAGGCUCAUAUAAAGUUCAAAAAGUGGGCGGAUUACGAUCAGGCUCAGGAUAAUUUUUGUAUACUGGACGACCACGAACAAGGAGCAGAAUAUGUAGAUUUGCUUCUGAAUCCAGAACGUUAUACUGGUUACAGAGGCGAAUCGGCUAGACGAAUAUGGAGCAGCAUAUAUUUGGAAAAUUGUUUCCAAUCACAUUCAGUUCGCCGAACUAAUCCAUAUUCUGCUAUGAUUCCGUAUAAAGACAUGAUUCAAAGUGAGGUCUGUCUGGAGCACCGUGUGUUUUAUCGGAUGAUAUCUGGUCUGCAUUCCAGCAUUAACAUUCAUCUUUCAGCAAAUUAUCUUCUUUCGGAAAAAAAUUCGAUGGGAUUUGUUUCACCGACAGGAAUAUGGGGCUCCAACUUAGAGGAAUUCGAGCGACGAUUUAGUCCUCAGACAACCGAUAAUGAAGGGCCGCACUGGUUAAGGAAUUUAUACUUUGCGUACCUUGUUGAAUUACGUGCUCUAGCUAAAGCGGCUCCAUACCUUAGAAGCGAAGAGUAUUUCACUGGGAGAGAAAAGGAAGAUAAAGAAGUCCGUGUCGCAAUUAAAGAUUUACUCAACGUAAUCGAAAGCUUCCCAACGCAUUUUAAUGAAUCGGUUAUGUUCAGCGGCGGAACAUCUUCAAUCAAAGUAAAAAACGAAUUUCGUGAGAAAUUUAUGAAUAUAUCUAAAGUGAUGGACUGUGUCGGUUGUGAUAAAUGUCGCUUAUGGGGUAAAUUACAGACUCAAGGAAUGGGAACGGCUCUAAAAAUUUUAUUCUCAGGAAAAUUUGACGAUCAAAUCGAGUCUAGUAUAACGACCAAACUAAAAACUAAUGACUCACAGUUUAAGUUGAAACGAGCAGAAAUUGUGGCGUUAUUCAACGCUUUCGGAAGACUCUCGACGAGUAUCCAUGAACUGGAAGAAUUUCGUCAACAAAUGAGAUAAACAUGGCUUGUGAUAGAGACGAUUUUAGCAUGGCAGUUAAACGCAAAUCAGUGAUACAGGUGCUUGCAUCAUAAACUAAAUCAGCAGAAUAUACGAAAACACUAAAUAAAAUUUUAACCAGCGACAAAAACCAAUGAUGGAUAACUUUCCUGCUGAGCGAAGCACAUAUUUUGAUGUGCUGCGCAUUUUUUUCGCCGCCAUCAAAGUCUAGCGUGUGAACUGUUUACUGUAGCGUUAAAACGCAAAGAAUAUUCGUACGGGUUGUUGUUAUUUAUUUCAAAAGA